AUGUCUGGACACUCAGGGCGUUCCAGAGCCUCACCCCAGCUCCUCCCCCCAGCUCCUCACCCCAGCUCCUCCCCCCAGCUCCUCACCCCAGCUCCUCACCCCAGCUCCUCACCCCAGCUCCUCACCCCAGCUCCUCACCCCAGCUCCUCCCCCCAGCUCCUCACCCCAGCUCCUCUCCCCAGCUCCUCCCCCCAGCUCCUCUCUCGUGGCGUUCCAGCUCCUCCCCCAGCUCCUCCCCUCAGCUCCUCUCUCGUGGCGUUCCAGAGCCUCCCCCCAGCUCCUCCCCCCAGCUCCUCUCUCGUGGCGUUCCAGAGCCUCCCCCCAGCUCCUCCCCCCAGCUCCUCUCUCGUGGCGUUCCAGAGCCUCCCCCCAGCUCCUCUCUCGUGGGGUUCCAGCUCCUCUCUCGUGGGGUUCCAGCUCCUCUCUCGUGGCGUUCCAGCUCCUCCUACCAGCUCCUCUCUCGUGGCGUUCCAGCUCCUCCCCCCAGCUCCUCACCCCAGCUCCUCACCCCAGCUCCUCCCCCCAGCUCCUCUCUCGUGGCGUUCCAGAGCCUCCCCCCAGCUCCUCCCCCCAGCUCCUCUCUCGUGGCGUUCCAGCUCCUCCUACCAGCUCCUCUCUCGUGGCGUUCCAGCUCCUCCCCCCAGCUCCUCACCCCAGCUCCUCACCCCAGCUCCUCCCCCCAGCUCCUCUCUCGUGGCGUUCCAGAGCCUCCCCCCAGCUCCUCCCCCCAGCUCCUCUCUCGUGGCGUUCCAGCUCCUCCCCCCAGCUCCUCCCCCCAGCUCCUCUCUCGUGGCGUUCCAGCUCCUCACCCCAGCUCCUCUCUCGUGGCGUUCCAGAGCCUCCCCCCAGCUCCUCACCCCAGCUCCUCCCCCCAGCUCCUCUCUCGUGGCGUUAAUCUCAGAGAGGACCUCCUCUGGACUCUCCGGGUCCCAUCCGGACCAGGAAUCGGACUCAGACCAGGAUUCAGACCAGGAUUCGGACUCGGACCAGGACUCGGACCAGGACUCUGACCAGGACUCUGACCAGGACUCGGACCAGGACUCGGACCAGGACUCAGACCAGGACUCGGACACCCGGGGGACCAGCGCACCUCCUCGCUCUAGACUCUACAACUGCUACGACCUGGACGAGCUGGACGUGGCCUGGCUCAACCUCGUCAACCAGGAGUUCAAACUCAUGGCCCUCCCCCCCCCCUGGCGGAGCUGA